AUGGCGACUGAAGAAAAGAAUUUUGAAGACGUAGAUAAGCAAAGUCUUGAACAGGUGGUUGUCGAAGAACAAAAAGCCGUUAGGGAAUUAGCACAGAAAAAAAACCUCAUUUACAUAGGCGUCGCCGGCAUUAUCACUGUACCAACAACUGCACAAUUUCAAACGACCAAAGGAAUAUUUCAUGUUUACAAUCAUAUUAACAAGCCAGUUACUUGGGAUAUAAUACCAACUGCAAAACCCGUAUUUAAACGUGCAGAGUCUCGGGCCUCAACUGGAAUAAAGGUUAACGAAAACAUAUUUGUUCUCAACAAAUCGAGUGGUUUCCUACGACCAGGGCAGUCCGAACGAGUGGAGGUCGCCUUCCGCCCAGUGAACGUUGGCUCAUAUUCUCAAGGAUUUAUCUUAGAAGACUCCUCAACAGCUGAAACUGAGGUAGGUUCUGGAGGAAACGCCGGCGUGGUCCUACAAAUAUCCGGCGAUGGAAAGGAAGCUAGAGCACCUCCACCCAUCGGGAAGGAUAAUAAGCGUCUUCAGUUUGAUGUAUCGAAUAAAGAAGUGAAAAUACCAAUGACCAGAGUUGGAAAGACGAGAACUGUGUCUAUUAGGAUAGAGAACCCGACUAAUGUAGCCGUUAGACUCAGAUGUAAAUGUGAAGUAACAUCGUCAGCUCAGAAAGGUCACAAUAUAUUAUCUGUGUCGAUGCCUAGCCUAACAAUCAAAGCGAAAGGAACUAUCAUGCUUCCUGUCAUUUUCCGACCUAAAGAAGUCGGAGAAAUUCGUGGCGUUGUCAGUUUAGAAUCCAUGGUUGGUAGAUCAAAGGUCAGGGUAGACGUGGUUGCCGAGGGAGUUGGCGUUGAUUAUCAACCUGCUCGAAAGACUGUGCCCGCCAUAAGCAGACUGGACGAUACAUUAGAAACGCAGGCCGUUCUUCCAAGACAUCAAACAGACCCUGUCGAUAUUCCAUCGACGAAGGAAAGAAUAUGCUCAGGCGAUAAGCUUUCGGCUUCUCCGGAUGACAUUUCGUCCGGACGAGCGUUUACUCCUAUUGACGAAUCCGCUUCCCCAAUAUGCAUGACAGAAUCACUAUUUCCUUCAAAAAAGCCACCUUCCCCCAACAGGUUGUUGACUGCCAUGGAAAGAAUGGUGUUGUCUCCUGCUGAAGAGUUACUGACUCCUCCAUUAGAUGCAGUUAUAUCAGGAGAAUCACAACAGACAGAUAAAUAG